AUGAAGUUCCUUCCCAGUUUGCUCCUGUUAUCUGCCUCCACGGAUGCUUUUUCCGUUCGGAAAGGGGUAUCAUCUCUCAAGAUGGUUUCUACCUCUCCUUCUUCGAGCUCAGCGUCCAUUGGCAGCUCUCCUGAUUGGUCUCCCUCUUCAUGGCAAAAUUUCAAAGUAGCACAACCACCAAACUUCCCAGAAGACGAGUUGGAGGAUACCGUGAAGAAAAUUGGUAAUUUCUCUCCCUUGGUCUUUGCUGGAGAAGUCCGUUCUCUGCAUGAAUCUUUGGCCAAGGCAUGUCAAGGCCAAGGUUUCUUGAUCAUGGGAGGAGAUUGUGCCGAGGCUUUCGAUGAGUUCAAUGUCGAUCAUGUGCGAGAUACUUUCCGUGUCAUUUUGCAAAUGUCUUUGGUCUUGACCUUUGGCGCUGCGAUGCCCAUUAUCAAGGUGGGCCGAAUGGCUGGACAGUUUGCAAAACCUCGUAGUGAACCGGAUGAGGUUAAAGACGGUGUCACACUGCCUAGCUACCGUGGUGAUAUCAUCAACCGAGAAGAUUUCACUGAUGAGGCUCGUCGACACAAUCCACAGAAUAUGGUUGAGGCCUACCACCAAAGUGCUCAGACUUUGAAUAUUCUUCGAGCUUUCAGCACAGGAGGUUACGCCGAUAUUUCUCGUCUUCAUGCCUGGAAUCUUGACUUUGUGGAACAAACCGACGAAGGAAGCAGGUACCGAAAAUUCGCCACCAAGGUCGACGAAUCCCUGCGUUUCAUGAAGGCCAUUGGAGUCGACACCGCUGCACCUGCCUUCACCAAGACUGAUUUCUACACUGCCCAUGAGUGUCUGCUCCUUCCUUACGAACAAGCCCUUACCCGAGAAGAUUCCACCACGGGCCGUUGGUAUGAUUGCUCAGCACAUAUGCUUUGGGUGGGAGAACGCACACGGCAAUUGGAUGGUGCUCAUUUGGAGUUUGUUCGUGGCAUUGGCAACCCCAUCGGUGUCAAGAUCAGCGACAAGUGCUCACCCGAGGAAUUGAUCCGUAUCAUUGACACCAUGAACCCCCAAAACAUCCCUGGUCGUUUGACUAUUGUUGUCCGCAUGGGAGCCGAAAAGCUGCGCAAGAACUUGCCCGGCCUCAUUCGCGCUGUCCAACGCGAGGGCAAAUCCGUGCUCUGGAUCUCGGACCCAGUCCAUGGAAACACCCGCAAAACGGAUAAUGGAUUCAAAACUCGUGACUUUGAAAAUAUUCGGGCUGAACUGCGCGCCUUCUUUGAUGUUCAUGACGAGAUGGGAUCACACCCCGGCGGUGUCCACUUGGAGAUGACUGGAGAGGAUGUUACAGAAUGCAUUGGGGGAUUGAGUGAUGUCAAGGAAGAAACCUUGUCUGCUCGUUACCACACCUACUGCGAUCCCCGCCUCAAUGGAGCACAAGCCCUGGAGUUGGCCUUUUUGAUUGCCGAGCGACUGAGAUUGAGGACCGGAUUGCCACCAAUCGAGUAA